AAUAAUCUGAUUUUCAAUAAAGGAAUACAGUGUACUAACACCAUUAGCACCUCCAAAGAAAUCAAAUUCUUCUGUUCUUCUCCACGGGUGUAGCCGUUACCCCAGAUUUUUAGGCAACUAUGUCCAGGAGAAAAAUGAGAGGCCUGACCCGUACAGGUCGUCAGGUCAGCGAGGACCCAGACCUGGACAACCUGCUGUCCACCCUCUCCCCUGAGGAGGUAGAGGAGCUGGAGAAGGACAUGAUGAAAGUGCCAGACAACCCAGAUGAAGGGAAGGUCAUCGUCCAAGGGGAGAGCCAGUCUGCGCAGCCACCAACGAGCAACAAUGUCCAGGAUGCUAAACGGGACUCUCAACGGGAGAGUGACACAAAAAAGAGGCUCAGUCAGAGGGAACAGUCCAUUGAGAGUGACCAAAAGAAGGAGAGCCGGAAGCAGGAGUACUUGAGGAAGAUGGGCCUGAGCCAGGAGGGGAACGAUGAUGUGAAAGUAGGGUUACGAAGACAAGCUAGCCUGCUAAAUGAAAAAGAUACCAAGGUAGACGACAAAGACAGCAAAGGUCCUGACAGUUUGAAAGAGGAGCGAAGUCGGCUUUCAAGUAGAUUCAGGAAGCAGGAGAGCAGAGAGAGUGAUGUGAAAGAGGGGACCAGCGAAAAAUUCAAACGUGAGGACAAUAAGCUAAGAGAUAGGGAGAGCACAGGUAGCAAAACAAAGGAUAUGAUCUCCAAGUUACAGGACAAAAAAGACGACAGCAAAGAGAGGGAGACAAAAGAGGACUGCAGGAGAAAAGAUGAAAGCAAAACCAAAGACAUUAUCUCAAAGCUACGAGAAAAAAGUGAAAAGGACGUAGGCAAGGAAAAAGAGAGAAGAUCAGAGAAUUUCAGGACACAAGGACUCGUCUCUAAAAUGUUGGAGAAGCAGAACAAAGCACAAGAAACCCAGGCUCAGGAGAGUAAACCAGAGGAGAAGAAACCAAAAGCAGAUGAGAAAAAAGCUGAAGAUAAACCCAAGCCUGAAGUCAAACUCGAGCGACAACCAUCAGUGAAGCCUGAAGUCAAACUUGAGCGACAAUCAUCCGUGAAGCCUGAAGUCAAACUCGAGCGACAACCAUCCGUGAAGGGUGACGCGAAGGUGAAACGUGACAAGGCUGAAAAGAGAACAGACAGAGAAGAGUUGGUUAACCACAGUGACCACGUGAAAGAGAAGGACAAGAAGAUCACCACAGAGAAGAAAGUAGAAGAGAAAACUGAAAAAGAGGAUGGGAAAGGAAAAGUUAAAAAAGCUGAAGAAAAAGAGAAACUCGGAAACUGUGUGGCCAAAAACACUCCAAACAGCAAGAAAGAGGAAGAGGAAGAUGAAGACUCUAGCAUGUUUGACGAGCUGAUGGAGCAGGUUCGAAGCAACGACCCCUCACUGACUGAGCUCAAUGUGAACAACUCGGAGGUCAUCAAGACGAAAACGCUCAUGGAGUUCGCAGAGGCUUUGCGCAAGAAUACUCAUGUUAAGAACUUUGCUUUGGCGAACUGUCGAGCGGACGACCACGUGGCUUACGCCAUCGCGGGCAUGCUGCGCAGCAACAAGACUAUCACCAGUGUCAACCUUGACUCCAACCUUCUCACUGGCAAGGGCAUCCUGGCUCUCAUUCAGUCCCUGCAACACAACGCUGUGCUAACCGAGCUCCGUUUCCACAACCAGCGUCACAUCUGUGGCGGGAAAACCGAGAUGGAGAUGACCAAGAUUCUCAAAGAAAACACCACCUUGCUGAAACUGGGCUACCACUUUGAGUUAGCCGGGCCCAGAAUGACCACGACAAACAUACUGAGUCGCAACAUGGACCGGCAGAGACAGAAACGCCUGCAGGAGCAGAAGCAGGCCCAGGCCAACGGGGAGAAGAAGGGAACACUGGAGGUGCCGAAGAUAGGUGGAGGAGGAUCUCGGAAAAGCUCACCCAAACCUUCUCCCAUACCCUCACCCAUACCUUCACCAAAGCUGACUCCCAAAAGAGGAGCUGGAGGUCCUACUCCACCACCACCUCCACCUCCUCCUGGGGGUGGACCGCCACCUCCUCCGCCUCCAAUGCUGAAUAUGGACAACUUGAGGAAUUCUCUGACUCCGGUGUCGCAGAGGAAGACGGAUGGAAAAAGCCCAGGUGCUAGUAAGAACUCAAGGGACCAACUGCUCGCCUCAAUCAGAGGAAGCGACAAGCAACAACUCAAGAAGGUACCGGUGCCAAAGUGGUUGCAGUAACAUUACCUGUUGGAAUAUAAAGUGAAAAAAAGAUGAAAGAGGGAGAACAGACAUCUCACCACAGGUUUUUAAGGAGAUAAACUCUACAAUCCCCUCAGACGCAGUCAAAGUGCUGCGCUGUGGGACGUUCGGACGAAGAUGAAACAUGAGAUGCCCAUUGGUUGGAUGACAAGCCCUCACUAUGAGUUCUCCCCUCAAACACUGGACCAAAGGGACUCUGUGGAGAAUGAGUAUCGUAGGGGUCUCUAUUAGCUGACUGCAGAGAGAGCGUUGAGUUUGUGGUUGUUUGUCUUCAGUUCAUAUUGACGCUUUGCUGGUUAUUUGCACUAGGUAAUAUGACGCCGAUCAUAUAACAUGUUGGCUUGUGUAUGCAGCUGAAUGUGAGCAAUGUUGGGAGUGUAUGGCGAGCUUUAAAAAGAGUAACUAUCAAAUAACUAUAAAAUUUUAAUAUACAAAAGUCUAUCAAUGAUAUAGUGGACAUUAAAUUGACCAUUUAUUUAUUUGUGGAGAGGGAAUCCACUCCGUACUCAUCAGUUGUAAAUCUGCUCAAACUGGGAAUUCUGAAAUGGUGGAAAUAUCAGGGAAUAAACAAACAUGGCGGCCUGACUUAAGUAAAUCACAUUAUCUGGGUAAAGAAAUAACAAAGGUCACGGUGGUCUUUGAUUGUGUCUCAUUUCCAAAUCGCAAGACAUCUCAGGCAGAGUUUUAAUGGAUUGGAAAGCAGCCCAGAGGAAUACUGGUGCAUGAUUGAAGAGUUUUAAUAUGAAAAUAAUUACAUAAUACUUUUUUAAUCAGGAAGUGCAAAUGGCUGUCCUUCUGUAUCUGAAGAUAUAAUUUGUGCAGAAUAGUUCUAACCUGGGUGUUUUAAUAUCUUACAUAACUUUUAUGUAAUACAUCUACAUGUCUUAACCUUGGGGGGGAUUUGGAAA